AUUCAUUGCUGCGUAUUCACCGUUUCAGCAGUUUCAGUAUCCCACCGGCAGCAGCUAUCUACUGUUUUAGAUAAGGGUUUUGCUACAUCAUUGCUCUCGCCCGCACGCUCCGUAUUGUUCACUGAAGUGGCUGCCCAACAAGAAGCAGCUGCAUCAAAACGUUAAAACACCGCCCCCUUUUCACCAGCUGCCGAUUCGCUCCGAGCCGUCACAAGUGGAGAACCACACAGUCAACUGACGUACGGAGAUGCAAGGCAUGUGGCUCCUGCUUACAGCUGUGCUGUGUUCCAGCACUGCGCAUGCAUUCAAGGCUGCCGUUUAUGAGCACGUACAAAGUAAAGCCACGCCUACAGAGACAGCAGUUGCAGAAAAUUUAGAGGCAUACUUGUGGGCUGCUGGAAAUGCAUCCAGUGAGAAGGCAGACAUCAUCGUUUUUCCGGAAGACGGCAUCCUCUAUCGAUUGAAAGACCGUGAAGAAGUUGCCAAGUGGGCUGAGGACAUUCCAGACGUUGGUGUAAUGGCCUGUGGGUCUCAGAACACGUCACUUCUCUCCAACCUGAGCUGUAUGGCGCAAAAUAACGACAUAUACCUGGUGGCCAACCUCAUCGAUAGAAAGCCCUGCAACGAGAGUGACCACAGCUGUCCCCGCGACAAGGUCAAAUAUUUCAACACUAACGUGGCCUUCGACCGCAACGGAACUCUCGUCGCCAGGUUAGUCGGUGCCAUGUAUCUCAAGUGUGGAUUGCUGCCUGCUCUUGGAGACACGCUCUCACAGAACUUUUUUCCUCGAUAA